AUGCUUUCAAUUCGCCCUAGAUGGGCUUUAUCUGGCUUUGGCCUGCAAAACAGUGCAGGACUGCGACUCGCUAGACAAUCUCGCAUCCAUACCCCCUUUACAACCCGACUAACCAUACAGCCAAUUCGGAAGAAUAGCUCUGCAGCAUCGCCAGGAAAGGCCCUACAGGAGCGCGUACAGCAGAUCAAAGAUGCCUGCGCAGAUCCAUACCCUCGCCUGGCGGUGGAUAAACGCACAGUGAGCUGCGCCGAGUUUCGCACUCGCUACGCCGAGCUCGCCGACAAUGAUUCAGUAGAAGACACAGUCGUUGUAUCUGGAAGAAUCCGUACCUAUAGACUCGCAGGAAGCAAAUUGAUCUUCUUCGAUAUCGUGCAAGACGGCCAUAAAGUCCAGGUGAUGUGCAACAAGCGUCGUCUGGACAGUGUCUCCCCCGAGGACUUCAAGAAGUUCUAUCGUCUUCUGCGUCGCGGUGACGCUUUCUCUGUAACCGGUAGACCGCACCGCACUGGACGAGGUGAGCUCACUAUCGACGUGAGCGAGUUGCCGCAGCUGCUCUCGCCGUGUUUGCAUGAUAUCCCCGUUCACGAUACCGAGCACGAGACCUCUCCCUACCCUCGCCAUGUCCAAUUCCUGGCCGACCCCGCGACGGCCGAUAUCAUUCGAGCCCGCGCGGCUCUUGUACAAUAUCUGCGCCAGUUUUUUAUCGACCGGUCCUUUAUGGAGGUCAGCACCCCGAUCAUCGGGUCCGUGGCAGGCGGCGCAAUUGCUCGUCCGUUCAAUACAUCCGCCACUGAGUUCCCAGAUCGCCAGCUGUCGCUGAGAAUCGCACCGGAGCUUUGGCUCAAGCGGUUGGUGGUUGGUGGAUUCGACAAGGUCUUCGAAAUUGGACCUUCGUUCCGCAAUGAGGGACUGGACAAAACCCACAACGCAGAAUUUACUACCUGUGAAUUCUACCAGGCAUAUGCUAACCUCGAGAACCUCAUGACAAUGACUGAAGAUCUCCUCUCUGGCAUGGCAGCCCACAUCCGCGCCUUAAACACAACAGGCACUCUGAACCCCACCACAGCCAACUUCACGGCACCAUUCCGCCGCAUCGACUUCCUAAUAGGCAUCGAAGAGGCUACCGGCCACAAACUGCCUGACCUCGAAUCCCCCAACGCCUUAGAUAAAGUCCACGCCAUCUUCACCCAACUCUCCCUCCCACUCCCAUCGAACCCAACCCUCCCCCGCCUCCUUGACGAACUAUGCAGCACCUACGUUGAAUCGCAAUGUAUCGACCCAACCUUCAUCAUCAAUCCACCCGAAUGCCUCUCACCACUCUCUAAAUCAUUCAUCCACCCUACGACCAAGCAGCGCGUCGCCGCGCGCGGCGAACUCUUCAUCGAAACCAAGGAAGUGGUGAAUACAUAUGAGGAGGAGAACUCGCCCUUCGAGCAGCGCCGCAAAUUCGAGGACCAACUGCGGUUUAGCAAAGCUGCUGGUGAACCCGGCGAGGUAGAUGAGAGCUACCUCGAAGCCCUGGAGUGGGGUUUACCUUCUACCGGUGGAUGGGGCUGUGGCGUUGACCGUCUCUGUAUGCUGUUCACGGGAGCCAAGCGAAUUGGCGAUGUAUUGCCAUUUGGCAAUUUAAGGGCCGUGACUAGACGGCAUGGACAAUCGAGUAGCGAGUGA